ACAUAUUGAGGCGCCUGACAGACGACAGCAGAAUGGAGGAUGAGGCUCCGCCCCGCCGCUCGGUCGCUGAACUGGCAGGAAAAUUCAAAGGCUCAGGUCCUCCACUCAACAACAGCGUCGCUGGGAGUGAAGCCGAAAAGCCGGUCAGACGACGACCGCCUCGUAGUUUGCAGCUUACUCAAGUUCAUGGAGACGGACAGGAGACUCCUGUGGAUGGUGUGUCAUCAGUCCCUCACAGACCAAAGAGGAACUCUGCUCUGAUCGAGAAGCUGCAGGCCAACCUGGCCCUGUCCCCCACAGGGCCCCCUCUGAAGAGCCCCGGCAUCAGGAUGCUGCCUCUGGCCUUCACCCCGCCCUCUCCUGGCUCCGCCCCGGCUUGCAUGGUAACCACCCCUUCAACAAUGCCCACCAGUCCCACCUCUGCCUCUCCGUUAACAGAAGAAGGACCUACUUCCUUUGAAGCCCCGCCCUCUGCUGCAGAGGGAACGCUCCUGCAGAGUAUCAGCAAGGGCAGAGCUCGAGUGUCCAUUCGCCGCCGUCCUCCGUCCCGCCGUCACAGGAAAUCCAGCAGCGGAGAUGCUUACGAUGCAGAGGAUGGACAACCAAACACCCAGACGGAGACUGAGGACGCAGCAGGAGGAGGAGGGGGAGGAGAGGAAGAGGAGGUCUUCAAGAAGGAAAGUCAGAUGAAUGCUUCAGAAUCCCAUGAAGAAGAGGAAUCUAGGAGCAGCAGUGAAGUGAAAGAGAAAGAUGGUGCUUCAUCACUGCAGAGGGAGGAGGAAGAGGUGUCCAAGAAGGAAAGUCAAACGAACACCUCAGAAUCCCCAACGAUGAAGGAAUCCAAUGAAGAAGAGGAAUCUGGGAGCAGCAGUGAAGUGAAGGAGGAAGAUGGUGCUUCAUCACUGCAGAGGGAGGAGGAAGAGGAGGAAAAAUGCUCUGCAGACAAACAGAAAGAAGAUUCCAGUGAAGGAGCGAUGGAGGAGGAUGGUGAAAAAAAGGACAAGAGUGAGAGUUCAACAUGACAACGAACAGAAAGAUCCGGCCGCCACGAUGAGGAGCCCCCGCGUUGCUGGGAGAGAGCCCCUGCAGCGGUGAGGCCUGAGGGAAAAGGUCUGCCGUUGAUACGGAGACGGACAUUUAAGAAGCGUGACGAAGAAACUCACAGGACGGUCUAAGAGCUGAUGUGUGUUUGUCGUCACCGUCGCCUCCAAGCUUUACCACGCCACAGCGCCCAGUUUGAUCCCGCUUGCACAAAAUCAUGUGAUUUUUGUGUUUUUGUAUCAUUAUCCUGCUGUUUGGUGCCUUCAAAGAAUAUCUGGUGUCUUUGUGUGUUUGCUUGAAACACAUUUGCUGCAGAAUGUAAAGACCCAACGUCAGGAAGCGCUGCUGGAAAACCUAAAGCUUUAUUUUUAAAGUUGAAUUAAAGAGCUUUUUAUUAAAACAGCUGUGAUGGUUAUAAUUGUCCAAAGUUGGUCAAUAACAAGUGAUCUGAAAGGAAAAA